CCCUCGCGGUGACCACGGGCUCCCCUUGGGGAGAGGCUGAGCCCCGAGCAGCCCGGAGCGGGUCGCCUCGCCCGAGAAAAAGAAGAAGAAGUUUCCCUUUCAACUCAGGAAUAUCUCCAGGGACUGCUGGGGACCUCUGGCAACUUAUCUCUUAUCACCAAGCAAACCUUAUUUUAUCCUGAGCAAUUUCAGUGGAGUGCUCGAAGACCAACCGAGAAAAGGCUGAACGCUGGUGAUUUCCUUCUCUGUAUUAAACCAAAAGGAAAAAAAAGAAAAAACGAGGAGGGUUGAAAACAAAAAGAUUUGCCUGGAGUCGGCCUCGCUGCCAUAAUUGAAUUGACAAGUAGACUAAGGGGAGAAAAAGGAUGAAGGAGAAAAAAUCAGAAGAACUAGAAGAGAGACCAGAAAGAGCAGGAAAAACCAUCAGUGCGGUUCAGCUGGAAUAUAUGACAAGGCAGCCAGGAUGGGGAGUGUCACAAGUAGGCAAAGGAGAACCAUCCAAGGAGAUGCAGCAGCGCUGGGAAGCCCAGUGGCAGGAGUUCCUGAAGACACUGCAGUCUCCUUAUUUAGCAUGGGGGAAUCUUCAGCUGUCAGAGACAACACCGUGGGAUGAUGCCAAGGCCUUCCUGGCCUCCUUUGAGCAAGUGGCCGAAGCCUGCCAUUGGCCUAGAGGAGAGUGGGCAGCCCGGCUCCUGCCAGCGCUGAGCGGGGAAGCAGAACAGGCCUUUAGAAGCCUGGAAGCCAGAGAUCAGGAGGACUAUGGGAAAGUGAAGGCGGCCAUCUUGCGAGGGGAAGCCCUGAGGAUGGAGGCGCAGCGCCAGCACUUCAGGCAAUUCUGCUGCCAGGAGGUCGAAGACCCGCGAAGGAUUCACAUCCAACUCCAGGAGCUUUGCCGGCAGUGGCUGAAGCCGGAGAGACACAGCAAGGAGCAGAUCCUGGAGCUGCUGAUCCUGGAGCAGUUCCUGGCCAGCCUGCCAGUGGACCUCCAGGGCUGGAUCCGGGCAGGAGGGCCGGACACCUGCUCCCAGGCCGUGGCCCUGGCCGAGGACUUCCUCAUGAGCCAGCGAGAGGCCGAGGGAGGGAAAUGGCAGAGGCCGUUGCAGGAUGUGUGUGUGGGUUCCAUAGAUGCAGAGGAAGUUCCAUCGGACAUCGUACCGGGACAGAUCUACAAAGAAGCCAAGCAGCUUGGAGAAGAGAUUAGUCUGCUAGACAGUGGAAUCAAGUGCCCAAGUCAUUCUAGCUCAUCGCUAACUCCAGAAGGACGGGAUAUGACCAGAGCUGGGCCGAGCGAGGGACUGCUGAACCUCAAGGAGACGGGGGUGUCUCUGCAUGUGGUUGAACGGACUCUGACACAGCCAGGCCAACAGACUAUGUUUUGGCAAGUCCUGCCAGAGGAGGAUGGGAACAUGCAGUCUUUUGGUGACGGGAAGGGUCAGCUGAAGGUGGAGAAUUCUCAGUGUGGACGAAAUGAGCCAGAGGACACAUCCAGGACACUGCCACAAAUAAGCCAAGGGAACGUGUCAGUGACAGCUGAGAUACACGAGGAAAGAUGUGAUGAAAAGAGAUAUUGGAUCAACAUGGCGAAAUCUCAGCAAGGAGAUACUGAGCCAGAGGAAAUACACAGGGUGGUAGUAGAAACAAUCCAGUGGAAUUUUCCUGUGACAUCUGAAACACAUGAACUGAGAUGUGAUGAAAAGAGAUGUUGGAUCAAGAUGGAGAAAUCUCAGCAAGGAGAUACUGAGCCAGAGGAAACACACAGGGUGGUAGCAGAAACAAUCCAGUGGAAUUUUCCUGUGACAUCUGAAAUGCAUGAACUGAGAUGUGAGUCCAAAGGGCAACAGGAGAAGACGACAGUGGAAAGAGGGAGAGAAUUCACUGAACCUGUAGAAGGUCGUACAGGUGACGAGAAGAGAAGUCUGAUCAAGACAGAAAACUCUCAGGAGGGAGAGAUGGGGCCUGAGGAAAUGCACAGCACAUUGCCAGAAAUAUCCGAAGGGAACAUUCUUGUAAAAGCUGAAAUUCAUGGACAGAGAUGUGAGUCCAAAGGGGAACAAGGGAAGAAGCCUGUGGAGAGAGAGGAUGAAUGCAGUGAGGUUGCAGAAGGUCUCACAGGUACAAUUAGCCAAAUUUCCAGAGUGUCCCAAAGGGAAGAAAUGCCCUUGUUUUCAACGUAUGAUAUGAAGUACAGCCACAGAUCAGAACUUACUAUGAUACAUACUGGAGAGGACCACUAUGAAUGCCCCAUAUUGUUGAAAAAUUUCCAGCAAAAAUCACGUCUUGAUAAACAUCAGGGAUUCGAAAUGGGAGAGAAAGAAAAUGAAGCUUCCGAGUACAAGAAGAGAGAUAAUUUGACUGCAUAUCAAAGUAACCAUGCAGGAAAGGAAAUGUAUGAUUAUCCCGAGUGUGAAAAAAGCUUUAAUUAUACGCCAACAUUAAAGAAAAACCAAGGAAUCCAUUUUGAAGGGAGACCAUAUCAGUGUUCUUCCUGUGGAAAAAGCUUCACAUUGAUGGAAACAUUAAAAAGACAUCAGAGAAUUCAUACCGGAGUAAAACCAUACAGAUGCCCUCAGUGUGGAAAAUGCUUCAGCCAAAGAAACCAUUUGAAGAAACAUGAGAGAAUUCAUUCUGGAGUAAAACCACAUAAAUGUUCUCAGUGUGGGAAAUGCUUCAUCAACAGAGACCAUUUGAAGAAUCACCAGAGAAUUCAUACUGGAGAGAAACCGUACGAAUGUCCUGACUGUGGGAAAAGCUUUAGUCGGAGAGAACAUUUGAAGAAACAUCAGAGAAUUCAUACUGGGGAGAAACCAUAUGAAUGUUCUCAGUGUGGAAAAUGUUUCAGACAGAGAGAACACUUGAUUGGUCAUCAGAGAACCCAUAUCACAGAGCAUCCGUUGAAAUGCCAAGAAUGUGGGAGAGACUUCUCUCGGAGGGAUAUGUUGAUCAGACAUCAGGGAACUCACAGAGGACAGAAAUCUUAUAAAUGCCCUGAAUGUGGGAAGAGUUUCAGUCAGGAAUAUAGACUAAUUAAGCAUCAGAGCAUCCAUGAACAACAUUGACCUAUUUUCUGCACUCCUGAUCAGCAACUAUUUUUGUGUAGGAUCACUUUUAAGCAGUGGUUAAGGUUUCGUGGGCCAACCCUUCGUUCCACUUUCUGUCAAAGUGGUCUGCCAUCUGAUUCUAAGGCCCUUUCUACACCUAAGGAUUAUUCCAGGAAAAUGGAGGGAUCAUCCCUGCCUUCUCGCAGGAUCCCCUGUGUGUCAUUUUGGACAUACAGGGAUGAUCCUGGGACAAUCCCGGGGGGAAAAGGCAGGUGUAGGAACGGCCUAAUACUACAGUUGCUACUUUCUCUAUGCCUGUUUAAACUCUUAAUAAGCAACUGUGUGGGCAGUAUGUAUCUCUUAGGGGGCUGGUUUUGUUACAGGGCACUUCAGUUGCUUAAAAUCUUUGGAAAAGUGUUGAAACCUUUUGAUAGACUAGAGAUCUGUUGCUGCCUCCCAAAGGACGAUGCCCAGGGUUUAAGCCCGUGCAUACAAUUUGUGCUCGCUCCAUCUCGGAGAAAAUAUCACAGAGCUGGAAAGGUGCAGAAAGGGCAACUGAAAGGAUUAGUGGCUUGGAGUAGGGUGACCCUAUUUUGGAAACCAAAAAGGAGGACAUGGUCGGCCCCCAAGGGUCCCAAAGGUCCAGCACCAAGGGGGGGUGCCCACCCGAACAUAGCCUUGGUCACAUGUCUGAUUUUACAGCACACAUUUAAGUCAAAUCUGUUCUACAUAACAUCUUAAUGUUAAAAUCACUGAAAUAAAGAACAAGUGAGAGAUUCAA